UAACAAGCUUUCCAUGAAAGGUGAGCAUGCUCCAUGAACCAAGGUUUAGUGAACAAAAUCAGGUAUUUCUACAGUUGUAGCUCCACCCCUCAAGAACUAAGUUUCCUCUCUUUCUAUUUAGUUCAAAAUAUGGAGGAACAAGGGUCAUAACCCUGUUUCUAUCUUAAGGUCUUGAGAGGUCUCCCCAGCUCUGAUCUCAUCCAGGAUGGAGCCAGCUACAGCUUACUGCCCACUUCAGCCCCAUUAGACGGAGAGUGAGUCUCACAAAUGUCUGAGUGUUGGAUAUUAGCGGGGAGCUGUCCUGGCUUUACACUUAAUUGGCAUCUGAGUUCUUUUCAUUCUUUUCUUAUCAAACUUUUCUUCCUUUCAUAAGAUUGCUAAUUUUGAGAAUAUGUUCCCAGCCUGCUUUCAACACAAAAUGCCCCACCUUAGGUGGAGUUCUACUCUUAUAAAUAUCAUCCAAGGGAAAGUAGCAGUUUCUUUUACUCUAUGGAGUAACAGCAAAGACCUAUAGUAGCUUUGAUAUAAAAUUUGGUCUUUUCCUUUCAGAUUCUAAAUUUUUCCGUCCUCAAUCACAGGUAAAUAUGCUAUUUUAGUCUUUCUUUAGGGUUUUUUUUAAAUGUCUUUUUCCACCGGUGAACUGAAACAGGAAAGUAAAUCUGCCAGCUUCUCUGCAGUACCUUGUAGUUUCCUUCAUUUUCAAUUCUAGCCUAAACUUGAUUUCUCAUAGGACAGGUGCAGAUAUGGUGGUGAGAUAUUUCAUUAACAUAUUCCAUCUAAAUUGGAGGUGGACUCUGUUAUUUCAGUUGUGGCCUUUGACGUUUCUGUUUCUAUAAUGAGAGGAUAUUCUUUUGUACAAAAACACUUCAGGGGUUUGGUACAUGUUGCAAGGAAGAUGCCCAAAAAUGGUCAUGCACAUUUUAUCCUUGGCCUAAUGUACCAAAGAUUGGGUCAGCCUCAAAAGGCAAUUUCGGCAUAUGAGAAGGCAGUGGAGAUCUUGUUACGCUGUGAGGCAGAUAUUGCUCGGCCUGACUUGCUUUCACUAGUCCAGAUCCACCAUGCACAGUGUCUUCUUUUGGAAGGAAUAGGGGAUACUGGUUCAGAUAGAGAGCUUGAACCGGAAGAGCUUGAGGAAAUUCUUUCUAAAAUGAAGGAUUCAAUGCAAUCAGAUAUUAGACAAGCAGUUGUAUGGAACACCCUAGGCUCAAUACUUCUUAAAACUGGUCGUCUGCAGAGCGCUAUAUCAGUUUUGUCAUCUUUGUUGACAAUUGUUCCUGAUAAUUAUGAUUGUCUUGGAAACCUUGGAAUGGCGUACCUUCAGAGUGGAAAUUUGGAGCUGUCGGCAAAAUGUUUUCAAGAUCUGCUCCUUAGGGAUCAAAAUCAUCCUGCUGCCUUAAUAAACUAUGCUGCUGUGCUCUUGUGCAAAUAUGGUUCCCAUGUUGCUGGUGCUGGAGCAAAUGCUGGUGAAGGUGCUUCUGCAAACCAGGUUGAAGCUAUCCAUGUCGCAAGGGACUGUUUAUUAGCUGCACUGAAAGCAGAUCCCAGAGCAGCACAUUUGUGGGCAAAUCUUGCUAAUGCAUAUUACUUAAUUGGUGACCACCGAAGUUCCAGCAAAUGUUUGGAGAAGGCAGCAAGGCUAGAGCCUAAUUGUUUGUCAACUCGAUUUGCUGUUGCUGUCCACCGACUGAAGGAUGUUGAAAGGUCUCAAGAUCCAAAUGAACAAAUUUCCUUGGCUGGAAAUGAGAUGGCUUCAAUAUUAAGAGAAGGAGACACUGCUCCAAUUGAGCCCCCCAUGGCCUGGGGAGGACUUGCCAUGAUUCAUAAGGUCCAACAUGAAAUUGCAGCUGCAUUUGAAACAGAGCAUAAUGAAUUGAUGGAGAUGGAAGAGCGUGCUGCCAACAGUUUGAAGCAGGCAUUAGCUGAGGACCCAGACGAUGCUGUGCAAUGGCACCAGCUUGGCCUUCACAGCCUCUGUUCCAAACAAUAUAAAGCAGCACAGAAAUAUCUCAAGGCUGCAGUUGCUCGUUUCAAAGAAUGCAGUUAUGCAUGGUCGAAUCUGGGUAUUUCAUUGCAAUUAUCAGAGGAGCCAUCUCAGGCUGAAAAUGUGUAUAAACGGGCCUUGGCAUUGGCAACAUCUGAUCAGGCACAUGCAAUCUUUUCAAACCUUGGAAAUCUAUAUCGUCAGCAAAAACAAUACGAACGAGCGAAGGCCAUGUUUACAAAGUCGCUCGAGCUGCAGCCUGGCUAUGCUCCUGCAUUUAACAAUCUAGGUCUUGUAUUUGUUGCUGAGGGUCUGUGGGAGGAAGCCAAGUUCUGUUUCGACAAAGCCCUUCAGGCAGAUCCAUUGCUGGAUGUGGCCAAGUCUAACGUGAUCAAAGCUGUGGCUAUGUCCAGAUUGUGCCUAGCCCUGUCGUCAUGUUUGCUUCAAGACUGAUGGGAUUAAAUGAAGUUAGGUAGGUUGUGGUAACCCUGAAUUAGGUUUUGUAAAGUAGCGUAUCGCUUUUGGAAAGAAAAUUUGAAAGAAAAUCUUUCUAUGUAAUGAUAGAAAGUACCAAAUACAUUUUAUUUCCGACAAAAGAAACGUAUUUCAUUUUUUCCUUUUGUAAGAAGUCAGUCAGUGCUAUUUGCACUCAAAAGACAUCUACUAUUGGCACCCUUUUUCUUUCUAGCGAAAAAGAAUUAUUAAAAAUGAGGUUGGAGGAGAGUAUGAA